CGGUCACACUGCGGCAGCUGAUGCAAAAAAAGGCGGAAAAUAAACGUAGCAAAAGCAGUGUAUUUAUAAGUAAAAGCAACUAGUUUAGAUUGUUUCGAAGGCAUUAUGAAUAGCACCAAAGUGCCGCCCGAGUGGAAGAGGCGUGUCAAGUCGGAAUACAUUAAAAUCAGGCAGCAGAAGCGCUACAAGCGUGCCGACGAGAUCAAGGAGGCGUGGAUAAAGAACUGGGACGAGCACAACCACAAUGUACAGGAUCUGUACUGCGAGUCGAAGGUUUGGCAGGCUAAACCCUACGAUCCGCCGCAUGUGGACUGCGUCAAGCGGGCGGAGGUGACCAGCUACAAUGGCAUUCCCAGUGGCCCACAAAAGGUGCCCAUCUGUGUGAUCAAUGCAGUCACCCCCAUACCCACCAUGUACACGUGGGCGCCUACGCAGCAGAACUUCAUGGUGGAGGAUGAGACGGUGCUGCACAAUAUACCCUACAUGGGCGACGAGGUCCUCGAUAAGGAUGGCAAGUUCAUAGAAGAGCUGAUCAAAAACUACGAUGGCAAGGUGCACGGCGACAAGGAUCCCUCGUUCAUGGACGAUGCCAUCUUUGUAGAACUGGUGCACGCCCUUAUGCGCUCCUACAGCAAGGAGCUGGAGGAAGCCGCUCCCGGUACAUCAUCAACUAGCAUUAAAACAGAGACAUCUGCGAAAGCCAAAACGGGCGAUGAUGAUGGGGAAGUGGAUGUGGACGCAGAUGCUGAAUCUCCCAAGAAACUGGAAAAAACCGACAGCAAAGUGGAUCUGACUGUGGUUGAGAAGAAGGAAAAGGAGGAGCCGGAGGAGACUGAAGAUGCGGAUGUUAAACCAGCUGUGGAAGAUGUCAAGGACAAGCUGCCCUUCCCUGCCCCCAUUAUUUUUCAGGCCAUCAGCGCCAACUUUCCAGACAAGGGCACUGCGCAAGAGCUCAAAGAAAAGUACAUUGAGCUGACGGAGCACCAGGAUCCGGAGCGCCCCCAGGAGUGCACACCCAACAUUGAUGGCGUCAAGGCCGAGAGCGUUUCCCGGGAAAGGACUAUGCACUCGUUUCACACGCUCUUCUGUCGACGUUGCUUUAAAUAUGACUGCUUCCUGCACCGUCACCAUGUGCAGGGCUUGCAAGGACAUGCGGGCCCCAAUCUGCAGAAGCGUCGCUAUCCGGAACUGAAGACCUUCGCCGAACCCUGCAGCAACUCCUGCUACAUGUUAAUCGAUGGCAUGAAGGAGAAGCUGGCGGCCGAUAGCAAAACACCGCCCAUUGAUUCCUGCAAUGAGGCCAGCUCCGAGGACAGUAAUGACAGCAACAGUCAGUUCAGCAACAAGGACUUUAACCAUGAGAACAGCAAGGAUAAUGGCCUGACUGUAAAUAGUGCCGCCGUGGCUGAGAUCAACUCCAUUAUGGCUGGCAUGAUGAACAUCACCAGCACGCAGUGCGUCUGGACUGGUGCUGACCAAGCACUUUAUCGUGUUUUGCAUAAAGUUUAUUUGAAGAACUACUGCGCGAUUGCACACAACAUGCUCACCAAGACCUGCCGUCAGGUGUACGAGUUUGCCCAGAAGGAGGACGCUGAGUUUAGCUUCGAGGAUUUGCGACAGGACUUUACACCGCCGCGCAAGAAGAAGAAGAAGCAACGCCUGUGGUCGCUGCACUGCCGAAAGAUACAGCUGAAGAAGGACUCGUCCUCGAAUCACGUGUACAAUUACACACCCUGCGACCAUCCAGGGCAUCCCUGCGACAUGAACUGCUCCUGCAUUCAGACGCAAAACUUCUGCGAGAAGUUCUGCAACUGCAGCAGCGAUUGCCAAAAUCGUUUUCCAGGCUGUCGCUGCAAGGCUCAAUGCAACACGAAGCAGUGUCCUUGCUACCUAGCGGUGCGCGAGUGCGAUCCUGAUCUCUGCCAGGCCUGCGGAGCCGAUCAGUUUAAGCUGACCAAGAUCACGUGCAAGAACGUGUGCGUGCAGCGAGGACUGCACAAACACCUGCUCAUGGCUCCCUCUGACAUCGCCGGCUGGGGCAUCUUUCUCAAGGAGGGUGCGCAAAAGAACGAGUUCAUUUCUGAAUAUUGUGGCGAGAUAAUAUCCCAGGAUGAAGCUGAUCGCCGUGGCAAAGUCUACGACAAGUACAUGUGCUCGUUCCUUUUCAAUCUGAACAACGACUUUGUUGUGGACGCCACUCGAAAGGGCAACAAGAUUCGAUUUGCCAAUCAUUCCAUCAAUCCCAACUGCUAUGCCAAGGUUAUGAUGGUCACCGGCGACCAUCGCAUCGGGAUCUUUGCCAAGCGGGCCAUUCAGCCCGGCGAGGAGCUCUUCUUUGAUUACAGAUACGGACCCACAGAGCAGCUGAAGUUCGUGGGCAUUGAACGUGAAAUGGAAAUUGUUUGAGAAAGAAACUAUUAUCAUACAAAUUCAAUAAAACUAUAUUUUUCGAAAAGAGA